UAAACAGUGACGUCACUAAUUAUACAUGUGCAGGAAGCACUAAGUGCAUGAAAAAAAGAUUUUAGAAAAUUGUCAAAGGACAAUUGCCAAAUCAUAUGUUCCUUGAAUAAAUACGAAGUGGUGCCGAAUACUCUCCAUCUGUGUUCACACUCAGACGUUUUUUUUGCAACUAUGGAUGAGAUUAAAGAAGAAACCAUUGAUGAUGCCAAGAUUGCAAUGGCUGGCAAGAAAAGGAAAACAACAUCACAAACUAUACGAAAUAUGGAAGGAUGGACCAUGCAGCAAAAAAAUAAACUAUUUUCUCUUCUUGCCGAAUAUCCACUUGAUGCAUACAAGAGUAUAGCCAGCAAAAUACGAGGCAAAGAUGAAAUGCAGGUAAAGGACUAUAUAGAGAAGACGAAGAUGCAGAUUAAGAACUCCCAGAAGGGGAGACGGGUUAAAAAAGAGGUUGUCCAGAGAGCUCCGCUCGAAGAAUGGUUAGAAACUGCAGGUGAUAUGGUAGAGUUUGAAAAUGUUGACAGCUCCACUAACCUAGCUAAGGUACUGACAGUAAUUUCCAACUUUGAAGACUUUCAGACUGUACCAUUAGAUGGAUAUGAUGGUCCAGAUUAUAAAUCAAUAUACAAGUACCUGUCACAAAUAUUACAGGCAGACAGACAUGAAGAUAUGGUGCAGCUCGGACCAUUAGAGUGUGCCAUUGUAUUAGACAUGCUACAUAGUCUAAUGGAGGUGUUGAGUAUGCACGAUACAACAGUUCAACGUAAUGUGAUGAAGUGGAAGUACCAGUUGAUGGACACGAGGGAUCAGCAUGGACACAGCAUCCCAGAGCUCUUGAAAAAGGCUUCAGAGAAUGAUUUCACAGAUUUUAUAAAUGAAGUAAGGAUGAUGAGGAACAGGGAUCGGGAACAUGAGAGAAGAUAUAUUGCUAAAAGGGAAAGGGAACAGCAAGGUGGAAAGUCGAAGAAACUUAAAACAUCAGUUGAAACAGGACCAGGAAAGAAGUCGGUGCUUACUGCAACUAAAGUGACAUCUGCAAGUACUGUACAGGAGGCUAACCCAUCAAGUAAAACAUUACCUACCCACUGUGAGCAAGGGACAGCUACCCACUGUGAGCAGGGGACAGAGACGGAGACUGAUGCAGUGGCGGAAGCAGGAAUUGAAGGCACUGUAGAAAAAGAUAAACCAGUUGUUAAGAGACACAAGCCUGGUCGGAAAGGUGCUCUUGACCCCCCUGAAGUUCCCUAUACAGAAAUUGUUCUCGUUAUGCCACCCAAAGGUGUUGAAAUAGUGAACUAUAAUCCCAGAGGGAAGAAAGUAGCCAAGGAACGAAUGGAUGGUAAAUAUCAGUCACUUGAUCCAGAGGAGCAGCUUAUUAACCAUGAUCUAAGUCGUGAAAUCACAUAUGAUGUUCAUAGGUGUGAGUUGAAACAGUUUCUCGGUAAAUCAAAAGAAAAAAGAAUGAGUGCAGAAGAGACAAGAAGUACAGAUGAAACGACGGAUGAAAUGGAUGCUCGAUAUAAUCCUGUCAUUAAGUCAGAAGAGGAACGGAUGAAAGAUAUUCCUUCCAAGAAACCCAAAUUGUACUCUCUUAACCCAUUCUGUUUACCUGUUACGUUGUUAGAUCUCGAUGCAUGAACAAAAGUUACAUUUGAAGGAUUAGAUCUGUCAACCAAAUGUGUAGAGUUUUUGUGCCCCCAAAAAUCUUUUGGUGUGGGGGGAGGGGGUCACUUAGAGUUACCCUUGUCUAUCCGUCCAAAUUUGUGCCAUUAAUAUCCCAAAAAGUAUUUGACCCAGAGACAUCAAACCUCACAGGAUUGUUAUUCAACAUGGGAAGCAGUGCACCAGGGAUUUUAGUUUGGAUCCCACACAGUCUGACCAGAGUUAUGGCCCUUGACUAAGUCAAAAAUAGGCAUAAAAAGAUCUCAAGUUUGUGUCACAUGUAUCUCAAAAAGUAUUUGACCCAGUAUUAUGAAACAUUACAGGAAUAUUAUUCAGCAUGUGAAGUUGUGCAUCUGGGGUAGAGAUAUCACUUGGACAAACUAGAGUUAUGGCCCUUGACUUAAAAAUAUGAAAAAAUAGGCAUAAAAAGGCAUAGAAGUUGUGUCCCACAUAUCUCAAAAAGUAUAUGACAUACUAUUAGGAUCAUGAAACAUCAUAGGAAUAUUAUUCAGCAUGUGAAGUUGUGCACAUGGGAUUUUGUAAUGGAUUUUUAUCAGUCAUACUAGAGUUAUGGCUCUUUAUUGUCAAAAAUAUGCAUAAAUGUGAUUAAAGUUUGUGUCACAUGUAUCUCCAAAAGUAUUUGACUUAGAGUCAUAAACCAUUGGGGAAUCAUUAUAUAGCAUGAUGUGAAGGUGCACUCUUUGUGUUCUGUUUGGGAUUUCACUCAGCCAGAUUGUUAUGGUCCUUGACUUAGUAAAAAAUACUCAUAAAGUGCUUGUGUUGCAUAUAUCUUUAAAAAAAAUCACAUAUAGUCAUGAAAUCAUGUAGGAAUAUUACUGGUUUGAGUCGUAAACCGGCCCGGUCGUAAAUAUUCGGCCACCCGCUUUUAAGCAUUUUUCGGAGCCAGAUGCUUGAAAACGCAUCUGUGUCAUCACAAGCGCUUGUGUUAGCAACAACGUCGGCAAAAACAACAAGUUAAAGUGAGUGGAAAAAAAGUUGUCCUUACCUAAAGUUGUGUACUCUAAACAGCAAAUAUUUUAUCUCGCGGGUCGCGUGACAUCAUCGCACGCGUUGGAUUAUGCUGAGGCCGGAGGGAUUCUGAAAAUGUUAUAACAUGAAAAGAACAUGCGCUAUCGCUAUUCUAGCAUAAAACGCGUGAAAAACCAGGUAAAUUGAAGUCAUUAAAUUUCCAUGAAAAGCACGGUAAAGUCUACGUUGUUUUUCACAUUGACGUCAUUUUGAAUUAUCCCUUUUGGGGCCGUAAUAUGUUUACGCUUUGCCGAAGUAUGCUCAUAUGUAAAAAGGUGUUAUAACAGUACGUGAGCGCGAGAAUCUCUCUGUUAACACACGUUUUCUUUCCUGUUAAAACACCCUCGAAAAGUAACAUUAACAGCAGCUUUAUGCUAGAAUGUGUAAUAAACAGUGACGUAAAAAUUAAACUGCGUCAUGCCUGUGUCAGAAGGAUGACCGGCGCUUUUUAAAUCUCUGUCGGCAAAUAUUUCCCAUGAGGUAUGCUAUAGAAAAUUGAUUGCAGUUUGUUGGAAAAGGAACGGUUUUUGCUGUAGCAUUGAUUUAUUUCCAAGACAAUGUUUAGAAUAUAACCAACUUUAUGUUUAAAAAGUGGCCGAAUAUUUACAACCUCUGAAAGGUAAAAUGUGGAGGCUAAACAUUUCAGAUAUUUUAAGCGCGGUUUAAUUGUUUACCAUACUGUAAAUGGCUAUUAAUGAUAGCAAUCAAUGUUGCUUGUAUUAAAGCACAUAUGGUAGAGAUUUUGUACAAAUUCGCUGUGUAAAGAAACAAAUAUUUAUGAAAAACCGCAAAAAGUGGCAGAAUUUAUGACUCGAACCAGUAUCCAGCAUGUGAAUUUGUGCACCUAGGUUUUUUUCACUUCGCAAGACCAGACAUACGGCCCUUGACUUAGUCAGGAAAUAAAAGUUUGUGCUGCAUGUUUUUCAAGAUGUAAUUGACCUAGAGUCAUAAAACAUUAAGAGGAUUGUUUUAAAGCCUAUAAAGUUUUGCACCGGGUGUUCUCUUUGGGAUUUUACCCAGCUAGGCCAGAGUUGAGGUCCUUCACUAAGUGAAAAAUACACAUAAAGUUCUUAAAAAGUUUGUGUUGCAAACAUCUUAAAAAAUGUUUAACACUGAGUCAUAAAAACCAUGUCCAGUGACAGGAGUGGGGGUUACCUGUGUCCUAUGGACACACAUCUAGUUCUGUGUUCAGUUCAUUCCCAUCUUUGGCAAAUAUGGCUGUUAAUGAUGUUUGUUUUGAUGUACAGUUUCAUUAUGUGUAAAACAGCAGUUUGUUUUGUAUUCGCAAAAAUGAAGCAUAAAUUUUAAGUGAACUUUUAGAACAUUCUUCUUCAACCUACAAUUGGUUUGUUUAUAUAAUAUAACCCUAACCCUGCAAAAUUUCUAUAAUGAACUUGUCCAUCUUUCAGUUUGGACAAUACCAUUAACUUUUAAAAGGGGUACAUACCAAAAAGAUACUGACUGAAUGGCAAACAGUGCAGCUCAUGAUCAGACUGCAUGGAUGAGCAGGCUGAUCAUGAUCUGCACUGGUAGCAAAGGCAAAAUCAAUUGUAUACAACAUAAGGGAUAAUCUAGCAUCCGCAUUGCUGGAGCUUCUUGAUUAAAUCUGGAUACAGUGUACAUGUUCAUAAGGUCUUAGAUUUAUUACACACCUAAUCUGACAAUUAGGACAGGAGUUAUGACUUAUGAAAAUGUCAUAUUUAAACAUGUUUACUGUACUAGUGUAGGCUUACUUAUUUUAGCGGUGUAGAGAUAGACCCUAAAAUUUUCAGUGAUAGAAACACAUUAAAUAUAGUCUAGAAAUUGAUUUUCAAGUCCUUGAAAUAACCAAAAAUGAUUUUACAAAUGUGAAAUUUAUGGUAGUUUUGUUAAUAUCAAUUACAGAAGUUUAAAUGUUUAAUUUAAAGUUGUGAUCCACAAAGAAUGACAACUCUUGCCUUGGGCUAGUACUUAUAAGCAGAGAUAUCUAUUAGUUUACUUCCCUUGCAAUUACACAAAUGAUUGGAAAAUGAAAACAGUUUAAGACACAAUAUGAUUCUUUUUUGCACAACAAAAACAUUUAGGAUUUAUUCGUAUGUAUUUGAUUUACCCCUCAAAACCUGGUUCCUAUGAUUUUGUCAACUUACUUAUGGUGAAAAAAUAACUUUUACCAAGCCGAUAAUAAAAUGAAAUACUUGUAAGUAAUUUAUAGUGCAGAUAAUACAGUUUUGCUUGUAUCAAAAUGUCACAAUAGAAUCACUUUUGUAAUACAGAACACCUGGUAGGAUUAGUAAGGUGCAAUUAUAUUGAUCUCUAUUUCCUAUGCCUAAGCGGUGUACUAAUA